UGGCUUCCAUCACAUUCUGGUGAAGGAGGAAGAUUGGCCCAAGACGACCUUUGUACUGUUUGAGGACACGUGGCAAAGGGUUCGAUGUCUGAUGGGGAUUUGCAACGCGCUUGCCACGUUUCAACGAGCGAUAAACAUGACAUUCCAGAACUUCGUCAACAAGACGCGGCUAACUCAGGGAAUGAUCAACUUUUGCGUGAUCGUGUACAUGGACGAUAUCCUUGUCUACUUGGAGACCUAUCACGGACACGCGCAACACAUUGAGUGGACAUUGGGAGCACUGAGAGACGCUGGGUUCAAGAUCGCGCUCGAGAAGAGCGAGUUUUUCCUCUCGGAAAUUUCGUUCUUGGGCUACGUCGUGACACGUGGAGGACUGCAGCCGGACUCAAGAAAGGUUGCGGCGGUAAGAGAAGCCCCAGUUCCCACAUCGCUGACGCAGGUUCGAGCCUUCUUGGGGUUGGCAUCGUACUAUCGCUGCUUCAUCAAGGGUUUCGCCGCGAUUGCACGACCACUAACGAACCUGCUACGGAAGGACCAGCCUCUCAGCUGGGACGUGGAGUGCCAACAGGCUUUCGCAACCCUCAAGGACGCUCUGGCGACGGCUCCUAUUUUGAUUCGACCGGACCCCUCUAAGCAGUUCAUUCUCAUCACGGACUGGCAACCGGAAGCUAUCUCCGCUAUUCUAGCGCAGAAGGGGAACGAUGGUCGUGAACACGUCAUCGAGUACGCACGGUACCGGGCGAGCGGAGGAAUGACUCGGCGCCUCAAGGCGAAUGCUAUGCAGUAUGUUAUACGGCAUGCGCAGCGGCCCUAUCUCUGCUCUGAUCUCCUCUGGUUCGCAGCCUUCUUCAGCACGGCGGCGAUCUACGCGGCGACGGAGUUCCGAUUCACGGAGGAGGCAACUGCGCGCGUUCUGGCCAAGAUCUCGGCCUUCCGACGGCUAUUCCCCCCCGGGAUUAGCCAUAUCGCCGUCAUCGUCGUCUUUACAGAGGAUAUCACAACGAUCCCACCGGCGAUUGACUCCGACAUCUAUCGGACGUUGCGCGCCUGGGCCGGGGAAGUGCGGGCAGCGUGGACAGAUCUCCUUGCUCGACGAGGAGAUACCAUCGUGCCGGCGCAUGACACAGACUUCCAGCUCCGCUCGUCUCGAGGGUCGCCAGCGAUCUCUGCGCGGGCCCCUACUCUCUCCUACCGUAUUAAGGAGAACAGUUCGUCGCUAUUGAGCGAAGAGAAGUGGGGCGCAUGGUGGGAGGACUACAUCGAGCUCGCUUUCGGUCUAUUGGAGAUAGAGUUUCGCUGGUCAGAAGUGGCCCCGUUCGGAAAAGGACCAGAACACCCAGAGGACAGCAUGGAGCUUCUGAUCAUCCAAGCCUGGAGAACGGCGGAGCAGGGUGAUCUGCUGGGAAUUGUAUUCGGGAAGGUGGAGGAGGGCAAUCUCACCUUGAUCACGGACGAUUUGCUGGUGUUUCUGACUCAACUGGUGGAUGAUCUGCCCCUAGACAUCUUGUCACGCAGUGACGAGCAGCCUGGCACCCACGUGCUGUCUCGAACGCUCGAGCCACACCUUGCGUGGUCCACGUGUACGAAGAUUGACGAGGACAACUGUCUCUAUCCCUCCCAGGCGCUUUACUUGGAGAUCGACGUUACCGAUCUCACAUUUUGGGACCCGAUCGCGAGGAGAAACGCGGCGCAGGACGAGGAGAUAGAGGGAGCAGAGGAAGAGGAGGAAGAAGAGGAGCCAUCGGGUAAAGAACGGGACGAUCCAGACUACGUCCCGGAAAGAGAAACGAGGAUAGCUAGCGGAUCGGGUCAGCCGAGUAAAAAGAACGAAGAGGAGGAAGAGCAGAGGAAGCGGAAGCGCCAGGAGACCGCGGAGGGAAAGCGACCCACGACAAACGUUUCUCCUGUUGAUCCAUCGAUCGAGGAUCCGUGGCGUGAUUCGGAGCCACCAGAAGAAAAAGGACGAUGGAACCGCAGCAGAGGGAUCGCGGAGACGAAGAAGAAGAAGUGAAUCACCAGCUUCCUCCGGCUCCCCGUCCCGAUCCUCCAUUCGUCUACAUCAAAAUCUCGG